AAAAGAGUGAAGGAAGCAAGGAAGAAUGAUGCUCAUCAAAGACGAAAAGCAAAGCACAGAAUAAAGCACAAGUGUAGAAGAAGAACAAGAAGCAAACCCAAAUCUCCUCCUCCCCAAACUCCUUUAAACCCAUUCACACACUUUCAAAGUCUGAAACUGAAACCCUUUUUCUUCUUCAUCUCUUUUGUGUCUCCCUGAUCAUUUUUCUUUUCUGAGAUGGGACUCUGUUUCACAAAAUCCCACACCCAUGAUAUCCCAAUCUCUUCAUCAUCAGAAUCACCACCUCACCACUUCCAACAAACACAACCCAUCAAAAAACCCGAUCCGAUUCACCAGCCAGCUCUACCCAAACCCAGCCCCUACUCCGGAGGCUCUUUCGGCAAGAGCCCCUCGUCCUCCCAAAUCGGACCAAUUCUGGGCAAGCCUUACGCCGACGUAAAUUCCGUUUAUACCCUCGAGAAGGAGCUGGGCCGCGGCCAGUUCGGCGUCACGCGUCUCUGCACCGAGAAAUCCACAGGCCGAAAAUACGCGUGCAAGUCCAUAUCGUGCAAAAAACUCGUGACGAAUAAGGACAUUGAGGACUUGCGGAGAGAGGUUUUGAUUCUGGAGCACUUAACGGGCCAGCCCAAUAUAGUUGAAUUCAAAGGUGCUUUUGAGGACCGCCAGAAUCUGCAUUUGAUUAUGGAGCUCUGCACCGGCGGCGAGCUUUUUGAUCGGAUUAUUGCCAAGGGAAGCUACACCGAGCGUGAAGCGGCCAAGAUUUUCCGGCAGAUUGUGAAUGUGGUGCAUGUGUGUCACUUUAUGGGAGUGAUGCAUAGGGAUUUGAAGCCUGAGAAUUUCUUGCUUGUAAGUAAGGAUGUGGAUGCACCGAUAAAGGCCAUUGAUUUUGGUCUCUCUGUCUUCAUCGAGCAAGGCAAAGUUUACAGGGACAUUGUUGGCAGUGCCUACUAUGUGGCGCCAGAAGUGUUGCAGCGGAAUUAUGGGAAAGAGAUAGAUGUUUGGAGUGCUGGAGUCAUCUUGUAUAUUCUUCUAAGUGGAGUACCUCCAUUUUGGGCGGAGACCGAGAAAGGGAUAUUUGACUCAAUUAUAGAAGGAAAACUUGACUUGCAUAGUGCGCCAUGGCCUUCUAUAUCUGAUACGGCAAAGGAUCUCAUCAGGAAAAUGUUAACAAUGGACCCUAAGAAAAGGAUUACAGCUGCUGAAGUUCUUGAGCAUCAAUGGAUGAAGAAAGAUGGUGAAGCAUCUGACAAACCUAUUGAUAGUGCUGUGCUGAUUAGGAUGAAACAGUUCAGAGCAAUGAACAAGAUGAAGAAACUUGCUCUAAAGGUCAUAGCAGAAACGCUUUCUGAAGAAGAGAUUCAUGGCCUGAAACAAAUGUUCAACAACAUUGACACAGAUGGUAGUGGUAAUAUCACAGUUGAAGAACUAAGAACUGGAUUGUCAAGGCUGGGAUCUAAGCUUACAGAAGCAGAAAUAAAGCAGCUGAUGGAUGCUGCUGACAUAGACAAUAAUGGGACUAUUGAUUACACUGAAUUCAUUACUGCAACCAUGCAUCGACACAAACUGGAGAAGGAAGAAAACUUGCACAAGGCUUUCCUUUACUUUGACAAGGAUCAGAGCGGGUUUAUCACAAGAGAUGAGCUAAGACAAGCAAUGACUGAAUAUGGGAUGGGGGAUGAGGCUACGAUAGAUGAAGUCCUUGAAGAUGUGGAUACUGAUAAAGAUGGGAGAAUCAAUUACGAGGAGUUCGUAGCCAUGAUGACACGGGGAGUUGCAGAUUACGAUGAUAAACCAGAUAGGGUGAUUGUUCUACCUGAAUAAUCCAUGAACUCGAUCAAUAACUCCGAAAUCCAAGCUCUGUUUCCUACUUGAUCGAUGUCUAUAGCAGCAUAUUGCCUCUUGGUGUUUGUAACUCAUGUAAAUAAGAUUUCAAAUUUUAUUUUUGUUAUAAAAAUAAUGACGAGAAGCAACUAAUAAUGGAAG